AUGGUCGCGCUGCUUCCAUCCAGAUCAGCAAGUAUACCAAGAGCGACACCGUUGACGCGCACGACUACAUCGCUCCUCCUAACACUUGCACUCAUCAGUGCUGUCUCGGCUCAAACAGCGACAGGCUCACUUCCGGCAAGAUGGGGUCAGGCCUCAGCACUUGUUGGCUCUCUCUUCCUUGUUCAAGGCGGCAAGACACAGGGCACCACUGGCGGAGGAUAUACAUACGAUUCAGCACCUAGCGAUGGGCAGAUGUACGCUCUUGAUCUUUCUUCCGGCUUUCCACUUUCCUCGCCGCCAUGGCAGGCCGUCUCAGUCGAAGCUGACCAAAUCGCCCCUCCUGCUGUCUCGUUCCACACCAUGUCGCCACUCAACAGCACCUCUCUUCUCCUCUUUGGUGGUGACGCUAGCCCGAUGCUCCCGAUUCAGACCAGAAAUGAUUCCGCCUACCUCCUCCAUCUUGGCCCAUCAGCCUCUAACCGCACUGUCAACUAUCAGACUGUCCCCACAACAUGGAACCAACCAAUGCGCAGGCUCUACCACACCAGCGAGACUAACGGUCGAGGUCAGAUAGUCAUCCUUGGAGGUCAAAAAGCUGAUGGUUCCCAAAUCCCUCUCGAUGAGCAAUGGAGCAUUGACACGUCCGCCACCUCACCUACAUUCCAGCUCGUCUCUCCAUCACCGCCAGGCAGUCUUGUAGGCUCCACUUCCACCAUGCUCAGCGAUGGUACUCUCCUUCUUCUUGGUGGUCUCGACCUCUCCGGCCAGCUCCAGUCCAUGCAAAAUCUCUACGCAUACUCCACCAGAUCCCGGACUUGGUCUCAAACCACCACCACCGCAUCCUCCUCCAACCAGACUCUGCCAGCACGCCAAACAAGUGGCACCAGUGCAGCCUUCCCAGCCCGGCGUCGCAACCAUAUCGCAGUCAGCCUUCCCAAUCAGCGCCUAUUUAUUCACGGUGGCGCCAACGCCGAUCUCUCCGCUGUCUACAGUGAUGCCUGGAUCCUCGAUUGGAGCGUCAACCCUCCCGUUUGGUCCCAGCUGGAAUCUACUGGUGGGCCCGGUGCUCGAUAUAGCCAUUCAGCUGUCGCCUAUGGUCGACAAGUGGUCAUUUCCUUCGGAUGGUCCGGAGCUAAUGCAGCUUCCACGGCUCUGUACGUCUUUGAUGCUUCAACGCUCCUAGCAUCAACCUCGUCACAGGGCAGCUGGUCAGGUGGAAGCUGGUCAUCAACAACCUACACACCCGAUCCCCAAGUAACUCGACCUUCGACUCCCGCCUCCAGCUCAGCCUCAUCCUCAGCCUUCUCCAGUAACGGAUCCAGCUCCAGCUCGGGCGGCAGCUCAACACCCUCUUCCGACUCCAACAAUAGCCCUAAUAGCAACGGCAGCGACACUAGCUCAGGCAGCUUCCCCACAAAUCCAGGCACAAGUGGCAACCACGGCUCAGCUCACGCCGACGGUCCAAGCGACGGAGCCAAGGCAGGUGCCGCAAUCGGUGCUCUUCUUGGCGCAGGCCUUAUCGUAGGUGCCGGCUAUGCAGCAUACCGUCGUAGAUCGCUCAACAACUAUCGUCGCUAUGCUGAUGCCUCCGUCGGUCUCCUUGGUCUCGGUGAAGGCCGUGGUGCUGGGCCGGAUGACGACGACUAUUUGAUGGAAAAAGGCGAGUAUCACCCUCCUUACCAUCGCACAGAGGAUGGAGGAGCACCACUCACCGGCGGUGUCGGCUAUGGUCGCAAACCAGGUCGCAGCGAGGGCACCGCCUGGACAGCAGCUAACGUCGGUCAUGCAAUGGAGGGGUCCGGACCACACUUUCGCCAACGUAUCGCCAUCCUCGCUGGUCGAGGAAAGCGCGAUACCCACGUCGCCCCACGUGUCGACAUGCUUGCUGAUGAAGGAGACGGCAACAGCCUCUUCCGUCCCCAGCAUCCUCAAGAACCAAGCCAUCUUUACAAUGACCAAGAUGAACAAGAUCUCGAUAGUCCAUGUUGGAACGUACAUCAACUUCGAGAGCAUUCCUAUGCUCAGGUGGGUGAAGAAGAUCUUUCGCUCGGAGACCUAGGACGUCUUCCCCACCAUGAUGACGAUCGCGAGGCGAUGGCAGAGCACGAUCUCUGUUCUCCCUUUGAAGAUCGUCCUGAAGAGUCACCGACCCAAGGCAUCGCGCUCAUAUCAGGAUUGGCGCACGAGGAUGGCAAGCUUGCAGAUCGCAAAGUGGACCGCUACGAGCGUCACUCAGAUGAUGAUGGACGCUCCGAUUUUGAUUUCGGCCCCUCGAUUCAGUCACACGAUACAGCAAGCAAAAGUGAUGUUCCUAGCAGUUCCAAGUCUUACGAUGUGCUUGCAACGGGUGGUAUGGUGUCAUUCUCGGAUGCAAGCCACGGUCGUAAAAGUGCACAGGGCUCCAUGAAGCGCAGUCCAACAUGGUGGGAUCGAUUCAUGGGCAACUCGCUGCUCGAACGUACUGCUUCGGGAAGAUUUCUUACCGGACCCAACGCUAACGUGCCUAUCCGAGAUCCAGCGCCACCGCCUGUCAGUGGAUUGGAAGCCAUCACUGAAUCUCCCCGCUCACGCGACGUUUCCGAAGCGAACCGCAACCAGGCGCAGGAUCCUUUCGCAGACUCUGAUCAACUGCACAUGGACCAAAUGGGUCGUCGGCUGCCAACCCAAGGCGAAGAACUCUAUCCGUCGCACUCACAAGGUCGAUCACUCUCCUCCAUCGGCUCAGCACGCACGAACGCGAGCUCGCACUUUGAAUUGCGCCUCCGUGGCAUGGAUGUCAUUCAACGUGUUCCUACUACUUCUAGCCGACGCACGCAAUCGACCACUCGAACAGGCAGUACGAUGAGCGAUAGCGAUAGCGAGCAAGCUCUCAGUCGUGGGCCCACCCUCUUGAGACCUAAGAACGUAGCUAGUUCUGAGGCGCUAGGUGAAGAAGAUACGCCUGCAUCUCUUGUUUGGAGACCUGAACAUUUUACUCACCCUCAGGCUGGAUUGGAGGAUCUGCAAGAAGAGCAGACUGAAGAUCUGGCUCAGACCUCCUAUCCUGCAGUUCAAAGUUCCUCGCCACCUCUCUCUUGGUCUAGAGCGGGGCAAAGAAAGAGCAACCUGUCAGAAACGCCCUCUAUCACACCUCUUACCACCAAACGUGCCAGACUCAACCGGGCCAUGGUCUCACCCCUCUUCCCAUCCGCCCAACCUCGCCUAACUGCCCCUGCCCCCACAGUGGCUGCACCAAAUGCUAGCGUGAGGGACAAAGUAAAGGCCUUCGAAUCUCAAUCCUCCACGACGCCGGAAAAUGCUUCAAUUUGGACUGCCAGCUUGUCCUCUACCAAAUCCCGCACUUUUGGUACAACCAAUACCGAGACGGGAGACAGGUCCGCAGAAGCCAUGGAAAGGGCCAUAUCUCCCAGCUCUACAGCCACAGGGUCCAGGAGAGGAGGGAAAAAGGCCAAGUACUACACACAUGGGUUGGUACCCAAGGCUCAGUUGUUCGUAGCUAAUCCUGAUGGAUCUGAUUCCUAA